UACCAUGGCAAACAAUCAAGCCUGAUUUGGGACAGCCCUGUCCAAUAUAAAUGUGACUAACUUUGGUCAUCAGUUAGCAUGCACGUUCCAAAACAACACCAUGCCACGAGCAAAAGAAAUACCAGAACACCUCCGGAAAACAGUUGUCUACGCAUACCAGUCUGGAAAGGGUUACAAAGCCAUUUCUAAGGCUCUAUGCAUCCAUCGAACCACAGUCAGAGCCAUACUGUCCAAAUGGAGAAGGUUCGGCACAGUAGUAAAUUUUCCUAGAAGUGGCCGUCCUGCUAAAAGAGCAGUGUGUAAAACUAAUGAUGUCACAAAGAACCCUAGAAUCACGUCUGGGGAUCUAAAGGUUUCUCUCACCCCAGCUAAGGAGAGGACUCUGUCUUCCUCCAUAAUGCUGUCAAGUAAGAAAUCAGACACUGGCUCGUCUGCCUCGUCCGCCUCCUCGGCAGCCGGGGGAUCUGAGCGGGCCCCAGAGGCCCAUGCUGCAACCCAAGCAGGGGCCCCUGCUUCAGCCACCGGCUCCAUGGAGAUCAAGAAGAAGGAGCGGGCCUCUCCUAGCGGGGAGCCUGGCGGGCCCCCGAUGUCCCAUCCUCCAGGUCCCGGCGGUGUGGACCCAGACACAGCCGAGGGCCGCAGGACAAGCCGCCGCAAGCGGUCAAAACAGGUGGAGUACCGCGAGAUGGACGAGAGCCUGGCCAAUUUGUCAGAGGACGAAUACUACUCGGAGGAGGAGCGAAACGCCAAGGCAGAGAAAGAACGCAAGCAGGUGAUCCCGCCACCGGCGCCCCCUGUGGAGGAGGAGGUGGACAGCGAUCCGGAGGAGCCUUCUGGUGAGUGUGUGGAGGGAGCUGCAUUCCAGAGCCGCCUGCCCCACGACCGCAUGACUUCCCAGGAGGCCGCCUGCUUCCCGGACAUCAUUGGUGGGCCACAGCAGACGCAGAAGGUGUUCCUGUACAUCCGCAACCGCACGCUCCAACUUUGGCUUGAUAACCCGAAGAUCCAGCUGACGUUCGAAGCCACGGCGCAGCAGCUUGAAGCGCCGUACAACAGCGACACUGUGCUUGUCCAUCGCAUUCACAGUUAUCUGGAGAGACACGGCCUCAUCAACUUUGGCAUCUACAAGAGAGUCAAGCCUCUACCAACGAAGAAGACCGGGAAGGUGAUCAUCAUUGGAGGGGGCGUGUCCGGGUUGGCGGCGGCGAGGCAGUUGCAGAGUUUCGGCAUGGACGUGACGGUGCUGGAGGCCAGGGACCGUGUUGGGGGGAGAGUGGCAACGUUUCGGAAGGGCAACUACGUAGCCGACCUGGGGGCGAUGGUGGUGACAGGACUGGGAGGGAAUCCCAUGGCUGUGGUCAGCAAGCAGGUCAACAUGGAGCUGGCCAAGAUCAAACAGAAGUGCCCCCUCUAUGAAGCCAACGGUCAAGCUGGGGAACGAUGCACCAGCGUUCCCAAGGAGAAGGACGAGAUGGUGGAGCAGGAGUUCAACCGUCUGCUGGAGGCCACCUCCUAUCUCAGCCACCAACUGGAUUUCAACUUCCUGAACAACAAGCCUGUUUCCCUGGGACAAGCCCUGGAGGUGGUCAUCCAAUUGCAGGAGAAACACGUGAAAGACGAGCAGAUCGAACACUGGAAGAAGAUAGUCAAGACCCAAGAGGAUCUCAAGGAGCUGUUGAACAAGAUGGUGUCGACCAAGGAGAGGGUCAAGGAGCUGCAUCAACAGCACAAAGAGGCCAGUGAGGUCAAACCCCCCCGAGACAUCACCGCCGAGUUCCUGGUCAAGAGCAAGCACCGCGACCUGACCGCACUCUGCAAGGAGUAUGAUGAGCUGGUGGAGAUGCAGGUUAAACUGGAGGAGAAGCUACAGGAACUGGAAGCCAACCCUCCCAGUGACGUGUACCUGUCGUCCCGGGACCGGCAGAUCCUCGACUGGCACUUUGCCAACCUGGAGUUUGCCAACGCCACCCCCCUGUCCACCUUGUCGCUGAAACACUGGGACCAGGACGAUGACUUUGAGUUCACCGGGAGCCACCUGACGGUGAGGAACGGCUACUCCUGCGUUCCGGUGGCCCUGGCCGAAGGCCUGGACAUCAAGCUCAACACGGCAGUGCGACAGGUCCGAUACACUGCCUCCGGCUGUGAAGUCAUUGCGGUGAACACGCGCUCCACCACUCAGACGUUCAUCUACAAGUGUGACGCGGUGUUGUGCACGCUGCCCCUGGGGGUCAUGAAGCAGCAGCCCCCAGCCGUACAGUUCGUCCCCCCCUUGCCCGAGUGGAAGACCUCAGCCAUCCAGAGGAUGGGCUUUGGCAACCUGAACAAGGUGGUGUUGUGUUUUGACCGUGUGUUCUGGGAUCCCAGUGUGAACCUGUUUGGUCAUGUGGGCAGCACUACAGCCAGCAGGGGAGAACUCUUCCUCUUCUGGAACCUCUACAAAGCCCCAAUAUUGCUGGCGCUGAUGGCUGGAGAGGCGGCCGGGAUCAUGGAGAACAUCAGCGACGACGUCAUAGUCGGACGCUGCCUGGCCAUACUCAAAGGCAUCUUCGGAAGCAGUGCAGUACCUCAGCCAAAGGAAACCGUGGUGACGCGGUGGCGUGCUGACCCUUGGGCGAGGGGCUCAUACUCGUAUGUGGCGGCCGGUUCCUCUGGCAACGACUAUGACCUCAUGGCCCAGCCCAUUACGCCCGGGCCUGCCAUCCCAGGAGCCUCUCAGCCCGUCCCACGCCUGUUCUUUGCCGGCGAACACACUAUCCGGAACUAUCCAGCCACGGUACACGGAGCCCUGCUCAGUGGCCUGCGAGAGGCGGGGCGUAUCGCCGACCAGUUCCUGGGCGCCAUUUACACCCUGCCCAGACAGGCCACGGCCACCACCGCGCCCCAGCCUUCCCCCAGCGUCUAGCCCCGUUCUUCUCGGUGUCAUUCCGUGUUCGCGUAACAUUGGUGACUCCUCCUAAGACUUUCGGGAUGUGAAGACUGUUCCUGUCGUUUUGUGUUACCGUUUAAUCUCCCCGGAAAGACAAACCUUGCAACUACCACCAUACAUUCCCAAAAGACACUAGAGCGAGACCUCAGGCGUCCCCUCAAUAUGAAGUCAUCCACCAGUUGGUAACUCCGGUCAGCGCGGACGUUGCAGCCCUGUAGAAUCCACCAGUGUCGUUUUUCUGCUCUGAAAUUCUGUCUUGCUAAGAUGAGAUCAGUCAUGGAUGAGGGAAAAGAUUGGCUCGUUUGACAGCCCUAAACCAGGGCCUGGGCUAACCCUUCCUAAUUCCAGUAGGAUUACACUACACUAGGGCUGGAUUCUGAUUCUUUGAGUGAAUGUGUGAAUGUCCCCGAAAGGCCUCAAGCGUCGGGUUUACGCAGCUGUAAAGCCGUCGAGCAGGAAUUGCCCUCAGUCCGUUUGGUAUUCACUUGAAAAGAGUCCAGUGUCCAUCCCAUCUCAGUCUAAAGCAGCUGAACGAGUGCAUUCUUUUUUCUUCUCUGGUUGGUGAAUUGGAAUUCAGCCUAAGUAUCGUGGCUGACCUUGUUCUUUCCCAGCAUUAAAGAUGGAGAGGCUGAAGAAGAGGAAUGGCAGCCAAUCAAAUCCAAAAACACAAGAAUGAGCCAUAUAGGGGACAGCCAAUGACAUGCUGCUCCCUUCAUCCAACAACACAGUUGCACUCUGUUUCAGUCCCGUUUGAAAGCCAGUAGAUUUUUCUUCUGUUGAGUUGAUGCUGGCCCCUGCAACUCCGUAGCCUACAAGUGCAUUGCGUUGAUUGUCUUAAGGCUAAUGUCGCUAACAUUUGUUGUAGAUGCCUCAUCCGAAACAGGACCUGUACCAGCUAGGGUUGAGUGUAGUAAGGGAAAAAAUAUAGAAGUUUGUAUUUAAAUGCAAAAAAGAUAGAUAAUAUGACUAUGUUGAGGAAAAAAUGUGAAUGAUUGAUUUUGUUAUUGUUGUUAUUAUUAUUAUUAUUAUUGUCAUUAUUAGCCGCUUGUUUUGAAUUUAGUCAUGGCAUACUUUUUAAAAAAAAAAAUAUUUUGUCAACAAUGAGUUAUAAAAAGAAUAAAAAGAAAUGCAUCUUGC